AUGUCGCUGCGUCCUUUUGGUUAUCAAUGCAACCUCCCCUACGCGCAAUUCGUCCGCAAUGCACCGCAGCAAAGACAUACUAUAAUAUCACGCUUAAACAUCUUUACCCAUCCGCCCAACGCCCGUUGCAUACAUCGCAAGUCCACAACAAGUCCACAGCAUGCGAAUCGAGCUUCAUUGUCGCUAGCGAGCUUUCUCAGUGAUCUGUUGAGACCCGUACACACCCCUCAGAGACAUGACAAGCUAUCAUGGGCUCAACAACGUCGUCAUGAAAGUUCCGGGGCCAAGGACCCAGAACUCUGCGCGCACUGCGGCGGAAAGUCUAUUGCCAAGCUUCGAAAAUUAGUCGAUCCCAGCAACCCUUCCAGUGGCUGGCACUGCAAACCUUGCCUUCGAAAUAUCCGUGUUCAUGGCCAUCUCCCGAAUAAAGAGCAGCUGGUGACGAUCAACCGGCGAAGGCUGAUGAGGGAGAGUGGAGAAGCAAGCAAAACCAGUCCAUGCAAGCACUGCGGCGAGUUAACUGCUCCAAGGAGUAGCCGUAAAUUCAUCGAUCCAGAUAACCCUUCUGCGGGAUUUCACUGUCGGCCAUGUGUUCGGCAUAUGAAUGUGCACGGUAAUCUCCCAACCGAGCAAGAUCUUGCAGCGUUCAGGUAUCGAAAGGAGAUUCGGCAUAGGCAGAUUCCUGCGACCGCCUCGCGAAAUAACGAACCAGGGAUUUCGGAAGAAAACCUCGCAAAUCCCACUCGUUCCUCGUCUUCUAAACGUUCCGACCCUACCAGACAGAAGCAAAGUCGUGAUGCAUACCCCUGCACUCACUGUGGCGACAUAACCACCUCCAACAGCAAGCGUAGACUUGUUGAACCUCAGAAUCCUGCGGCGGGAUACUAUUGCCAGCCAUGCACGCGUUGUCUGCUUGAAACAGACGCCUUGCCAAGCUCGGCGCAACUUACGGCGCUCAAGAGGCUUCGGGAAAACCGCUCGAAGUCUAAUCCCAGGGAUUUGAAAAGUCCCUGCCGUCAUUGCGGGGAGAUGACAGCCCCCAGCAGCAAGCGUCGACUUGUUGAAGCGAAGAAACCCGAUUCUGGAUAUUAUUGCCGCGCCUGUGCGGACUGUUUAAUCGAAACUAGCUCGUUGCCUAGCGAAAUGCGCCUCGCAGUCCGGAGAGCGCGAGAGCAGGUCAGAUUGAAAAACCUCCAGGUCAAUCUAUCUAAGGUUUCCCAAUCCCCGGUCCCUCCGCCGGCGGGAGAAUCUACACUAACAGGUUUGUUUACGGAGGAGAGUGUGAAGACAUGCGCGCACUAA